AUGGCCGCCUUGCUGAGCAGACGUGCUCAUUUCCCCUCACCCUAUAGACCUGGCUUCCUUUCCAUACGACGUAUAUCCCACUUCCGCGCCAUUGAACAUACCAUCCGCUGCCAGAAUGUGCGGCAGCGGCCGGGUGCCGUCAAAGCCGGGCAUGAGAAUCAGCUCAGGCUGGCUGUGAAGCAGUACAUUCCGCUUGACAACUCUUCCCCACGGGAAGGAGAUGUCACCAUCAUCGGGGCCCAUGCAAAUGGGUUUCCAAAGGAAUUGUAUGAGCCCCUCUGGGACAACAUUUAUGAGCAACUCCGUGGCCAAAAUCGACGCAUUCGCUCCAUCUGGAUUGCGGAUGUCGCUCAGCAGGGACAAAGCGGGAUCUUGAACCAGUCAAUCCUGGGCGACGAUCCGGACUGGUUCGACCACAGUCGCGACCUUCUUUCCAUGAUCAAUCAGUUCCAAGACCAGAUCGUACAGCCACUAGUAGGCAUUGGCCACAGCCUGGGCGGGGCGCAACUGGCCCAUCUCUCUCUAUUGCACCCGUCCCUGUUUGAGGGCCUCAUCCUUUUCGACCCCGUCAUCCAGUGCGAGAACCCCAACCACAAAUACGCCCAAGCAUCCACCUAUCGCCAGGACCUGUGGUGCUCACGCGAGCAAGCCGUCGGAAAGUUCAAAUCCAACCCCUUCUACCAGGCCUGGGACCCUCGCGUGUUCGAGAAAUGGGUGCAGUAUGGCCUCCGCAACCUCCCCACGGAGCUGUACCCGGUUACGCAGGAAACAGGCCCGGCGGCUGUGACGCUGACAACGACGAAGGCGCAGGAGCUGUUUCACUUUAUGCGUCCGUCGUAUGUGGAUGAGCGAUCGGGUCUGCCGCGUGGCACGCCUGAGGAGGAUAUGCACCCGGAUGACAUUGAUGGCUCUUCGUUCCAUCGGCCCGAGCCGGCGUGGAUGUUCCGGCAUCUGCCGGAGGUGAAGCCUGCCGUUCUCUACCUGUUUGGGGAGAAGUCGGAUCUGUCGUUGCCGGCUGCGCGGCGGGACAAGGUGAUGACGACAGGGACUGGGGUGGGAGGGAGUGGUGGGCUGGCGCGUGGGAUGGUGCAGGAGGUUGUGCUUCCGUGCGGGCAUUUGAUUCCGAUGGAGCUGGUCAAGGAGAGCGCUGAAGCUAGUGCGGCGUUCCUCGAUGCGAGGAUCUUCAUGUGGGAUUCCCGAGUGUCGCAGUUUCGAAAGGCGUGGGGGAAAGUGCCUCAUCGAGAGCGCGUCCGUGUUGACGAGCAGUGGAAGAAACACAUCGGUGCUUCGCCUCGGAGGUCUAAGGUUUGGUAG